CAGAAAAGAAGAAAAGAAAAGAAAAGAAAACUAGACCCGAAGGCGCAAUCGAAGUUUAUAGACAUAACUUGCACCGCGCAAGGUGGAGGCAAGGCAAAUUAGUGGGGAAAGAUGUUGCAGCAAAAGUCAUUCGUGAGAAAGACGAGGCAGGGCAAAGUAAUCAAGCAACUAAGAGAACACUAUCUCAGAGACGAUAUCUACUGCGGAGCUUCAUUUUGCAAAGUCUGUGAUACUUCCGCCGCUCGCUUGACUUCGUCUGACUCCACCAUUCUCAUUGUCGACACCAAUGUUGUUCUCAAUCAGAUUGAUUUGCUUGAGAAUCCGGCAAUUGACGAUGUUGUUGUGUUAUCGGUUGUGCUGCAAGAGGUCAAGAACAAGAAUCUUUCGGUUUAUAACAGAGUUAGAGCCCUGUGCAGCAAUUCUACGAGGAAGUUCUUUGUUUUCUCUAACGAACAUCACAGGGAUACAUAUGUGAAGGCAAUGGUUGGUGAAAGUCCAAAUGAUCGGAACGAUAGAGCAAUUCGAGUGGCAACUCAGUGGUAUCAUAAUCAUCUUGGUGGUGCAACACGGGUCUUAUUAAUCACGAAUGACAGAGAAAAUAAGAGGAAAGCCACUGAAGAUGGAAUUUGUGCAGAGACAGUUGAAUCAUAUGUGAAAUCACUUGGUCAAGCAGGUUUGCUUGAUCUGCUUGUUCAACCAUCUUCUGAAGAUGUAGACAUGGAGGAAGUUGAAGAUUUGAGACCUUCAAAGAGGAAAGUCAUUUACCCUGAGCAUAAACCCAUGUCCGAGAUUACGUCAGGACUGCAUCGUGGAAUUUAUCAUCAGGGGAAGCUUCGUGUUAAUCGUUUCAACCCAUUUGAAGCAUAUGUCGGGAGUGAGAGCAUUGGUGAUGAGAUAAUUAUUUAUGGUCGUGGAAAUAUGAAUAGGGCGUUUGAUGGUGAUAUUGUGGCAGUAGAACUCUUGCCUCAAGAUCAGUGGCAUGAGGAAAAGACUCUCUCUAUAGCCGAUGAAGAGGACGAGGAGGAUGAUGAUGUUCAUCUAGUUCCAGGAAGUGCUGACGAUGCUCCUAGAGUAGCAAAUCUAACCCAGGGUUCUGCUGGAGAAGCAAAUCCUCGUCGCCCUUCUGGAUGUGUUGUUGGUAUCAUAAAGAGAAAUUGGCACUCAUAUUGUGGAUCAUUGGAGCCAAUGCCUAUGCCUGCAGGCAGUGGUGGUAUUGCCCAUGCUUUAUUUGUUUCCAAAGAUCGCAGGUUUCCUAAGAUUCGGAUUCAAACUCGACAGCUUGGGAAUCUUCUGGACAAAAGAAUUAUUGUUGCGGUUGAUUCUUGGGAUUGUUUAUCUCGAUAUCCUUCUGGGCAUUAUGUACGGACAAUUGGAGAAAUCGGUGACAGAGAUACUGAGAGUGAGGUGGUGUUGAUUGAGAAUGAUAUAGAUGCAAGACCAUUUUCUUCUCAAGUUUUGGCAUGCUUGCCGCCAUUACCUUGGUCUGUGUCUUCUGAAGAUUUGGCAAAUCCCAUUAGGCAGGAUUUGCGUCAUUUGCGUCUCUUUAGUGUGGAUCCUCCAGGAUGCAAGGACAUUGAUGAUGCAUUACAUUGUACAGCUCUUGCAAAUGGAAAUUUUGAAGUGGGAGUUCAUAUUGCUGAUGUCACAAAUUUUGUUCACCCUGGAACUCCUCUCGAUGAUGAGGCUGCACAAAGGGGCACUUCAGUCUACCUUGUUGAGCGCAGAAUCGACAUGCUUCCCAAGCCUCUAACAGAAGAUAUUUGUUCACUUCGAGCUGAUGUUGAGAGACUGGCUUUCUCUGUUAUAUGGGAAAUGACACCUGAAGCAGAGAUUAUUUCGACAAGAUACACAAAAAGCGUUAUCAAGUCAGUUGCAGCGCUGUCUUACGUUGAAGCUCAAGCGAGGAUGGAUGACAGUCGCUUGAUGGAUCCAUUAACAACAAAUUUGCGAAAUAUGAAUGCUUUAGCCAAGACAAUGAGGCUAAGGCGUAUUGAAAGGGGGGCCUUGACUCUUGCUUCUGCUGAAGUAAAAUUCCAAAUUGAUACUGAAACUCAUGACCCUCUCGAUAUUGGAAUGUAUCAAAUUCGAGAAGCAAACCAAAUGGUUGAAGAGUUUAUGCUUGCUGCUAAUGUUUCAGUUGCAGAAAAAAUCCUUAGACAUUUUUCUUUGUGUUCGCUGUUAAGGCGCCAUCCUAGUCCAACAAAAGAGAUGCUUGAACCUUUGAUUCGUACAGCUGCUGCUGUUGGUCUCAAUUUGGAUGUGUCAACUUCUAAAGCCUUGGCUGAUUCACUAGAUCGCGCUGUGGGUGAUGAUCCAUACUUUAAUAAGCUAAUCCGCAUUCUGGCAACUAGAUGCAUGACACAGGCAGUAUACUUCUGUAGUGGAGAUCUCAGCCCUGCAGAAUUUGGUCAUUAUGGUCUUGCAUCACCUCUCUAUACACAUUUCACCUCACCUAUAAGGAGAUACGCAGACGUCAUUGUACACAGGUUACUCGCUGCAUCUUUGGGGAUAUACAAGCUUCCAACCAUAUUUCAAGACAGACCACAACUUACCAGUAUUGCUGACAAUCUGAAUUAUCGGCAUAGGAAUGCCCAGAUGGCAAGUCGGGCCUCAGUAGAGCUCCAUACUCUCGUCUAUUUCAGGAAACGGCCGACAGACACGGAGGCCAGGAUAGUGAAAAUAAGAUCAAAUGGCUUCAUAGUUUUCGUACCCAAGUAUGGUAUUGAAGGGCCUGUGUACUUGACGGCAAGAGGCGACAAGGGAGGGGGUGAAUGGUUGGUAGAUGAGCAGCAGCAGAAAGUUAAGAAGAAAGAUGGUAGCAUUAGCUAUGGUGUUCUUCAGACUGUGAGGAUACACAUGGAGGUUGUGGAGCCUCAACCCAACAGGCCCAAACUUCAGCUUUCCUUGAUUUAAAAAAAUAUACUAAAAUAGAAAGGCAUUUUAAUUUUGUUUCCUUUACCAUUAGGGAGUGGUGUUAAUUGUUGUAAAAUGGCUUAGAACAAUUAUGGGUGUGAAGCAACAGGUUGGAAAGAGAUGCAAGAAUAUUUGGUUUUAAAAA